AUGUACCGAAACACCAUGCGAUCGGCCUCGAGGCCUGUAAUUGCCAACUUGCGAUCAAGCACUAUCCGCGCCGCCCCUCGACGAUUCGCUUCCACAGCUCCCGCCGACAAGUCCCGAUCUUUCAAGGGUUCUCUGUUGCGAUUGGGUCUGGCAUUCGGUGCCGUAUACUAUUAUAACACAAGCCCAAUCUUUGCUGAUGAGGCUAUCUCAAAAACGGUUCCUGCUCCCGCUGCCUUUUCCGAUGACGACCUUCCUACUGUCGACUCUAUUGUAGAGGAGAAACGCAAGCAGAUCAAGGCUAAGAGCGAGGAGGCUGCUGCUUCUUCAAAGACACCCGAGUCUCAGCCAUCCAAUCCCCAGGCUGCCGCCGCCGAUGGAUCGCCUGCUGCUUUAGAAGAGGAGGCUGGCCAGCAGGGUGCUUUCAACCCUGUGACUGGAGAGAUCAACUGGGACUGCCCUUGCUUGGGUGGUAUGGCCGACGGACCUUGUGGAGAGGAGUUCAAGACUGCUUUCAGCUGUUUCGUUUUCUCCGAAGAGGAGCCCAAGGGCAUGGACUGCAUUGAUAAGUUCCAGGGAAUGCAAGAGUGUUUCAAGAAAUACCCCGAUAUUUACGGUGCUGAGCUCGCAGAUGACGAGGACGGCGCUCCUACUCCUGACUUUGGCGAUGAGCAACCCUCCGGUGCCCCAGCGACCGCAGAGUUCAAGUCCGACGGUGAACCUGCCCGUGAAUUUGGCGAAAAGGCCGCCGCCGAUACUACAAAGUCCGAUGAUUCGCAGAAGCCUUCCGAGUCCAAGCCCGCCGAGUCCAAGCCUGCCGAGUCCAAGACGCUUGCCGAGACCACCUCUACUUCAACCAAGUCCGACGCUGAGCCCGCUUCUUCCGGAUCAAGAAUGGUUCAGGAUGUUGCUACCCCUACAGAAGAGCCCGUGAACGACAAGUACUGGCAGGAUAUGCACAAGAGCGAGGUUUCUAAGAAGGAGGUCAUCGCGCCGGUCACACAGGCACACGAUGCUACUGCUGCCAACGAGGAGAUCAAGAUUAUUGAGAGACAGGAGGCUGCUAAGAAGAAGGCCGAGAAGAAGCAGUAA